AAUGGAAACACUUUAAAGGUGUUAAGCUUCACUGUGUUUGGAUGUUUCACUGGAGACAGUGAAGGAAGAAGAGGUGGGUGGAGAGAGGGAAGGGAGGACAGCGAGUGCGCAAACAGGCUGCCUGGCACAGCAGCACCAGCGGCUGUGCAUCCUCCUGAUUCUCGCUUUACCUCCCCCCUUCCAUCCUCACCCCACACCCCCUCCUUGCUCCCCACUCCCACCCACCCCCUCCACUUGCGUUAUUACGCAGCGAGUUCUGCGUGUGCGCCUCCGAAUUGAGACUUCACUGCCGGGGCUGAAGUGUCCAGAAAGCCUCCGCCAGGCAGCCAACCAUCACCUCGCACCACUCCACUCCUCCUCCUCCUCUCUCUCUCCCUCUCUCUGGAGCUCGGUUAUUCUUAGCUCAGGCUGCGAGGAGACUGUCCUUCCGGUUCCUUYUCUUUAUUUAUCCCCAGUUUCUUGAAUAUUUAAUGGAAAAUGGCGAUCUGCGCGCAGUCGUUCGGUGUUUUCUGCCUCUUCGCGGUCCAAACUGUACUUAUCAUCUGCGUGUCCACGCCGUCAGCUGGGACUCACCUCUUCCCCCAGCACUACACGAUGAUUCACUGGGCUGGACGCAUCGAGAAGGAGCUGGAAAAGGUUCUUCAGCACGUUACAGGAACCCAGCACAUGAGAGCGAUUUAUAAUGAGAAGAAGAGCCAGUUUGAGAUCAAGAGAAACAACCCCAAGGACUUGGUCGAGAGAGUGGCACGGGACAUCUCCAAGCUGCUGAACAGCAAGAGUAAAGCCCUGGAGAAACUGGCGAGGGAGGCUGAACAGCUUCAGAAGGAGCACGUAUGGCAGGACGGUGUGAAGGAGAAUGCCAUUUCAUACUACGAUUCCAAAGCGGAUUCAGACUAUCAGACAGAGGACGAUGAAGAGGUAACCCCGCUGGAGAUCUCRAACUCGCUGGAGUUGGAGUUUGUUGAUGAUCCAAAUUUCAAAAACAAGGUCAACUACUCCUCCAGUGCCGUCCAGAUUCCUACAGACAUCUACAAAGGCUCUCCUGUUAUCCUAAACGAAUUAAACUGGACCCAAGCACUGGAGAGGGUCUUCAUUGAAAACCGGCGGGAGGACAGUUCUCUGCGCUGGCAGGUGUUCGGCAGUGCCACGGGAGUGACGCGGUACUACCCAGCCACUCCAUGGAGGGCACCCAACAAGAUCGACCUGUAUGAUGUCCGAAGAAGACCAUGGUAUAUUCAAGGUGCAUCGUCUCCAAAAGACAUGGUCAUCAUUGUAGAUGUGAGUGGAAGUGUCAGUGGACUCACGCUGAAGCUCAUGAAAACAUCUGUGGUGGAGAUGCUGGAAACUCUAUCAGAUGAUGACUACGUGAACGUAGCAAAGUUCAAUGAAAAGGCAGAGGCUGUUGUUCCCUGCUUCAGGACUUUGGUUCAAGCAAACGUUCGGAACAAGAAGAUCUUCAAGGAGGCCGUCAUGCUUAUGCAAGCCAAAGGAACCACAGAUUACAAAUCCGGCUUCACGUUUGCUUUUGAGCAGCUUCUCAACGAGAGCAGUGCCCCGAGGGCCAACUGCAAUAAGAUGAUAAUGAUGUUUACAGAUGGUGGAGAAGAUCGUGCRCAAGAAAUCUUCUACAAGUACAACUGGCCUAACAAAACAGUUCGAGUUUUCACAUUCUCCGUCGGCCAGCAUAACUACGACGUCACCCCUUUGCAGUGGAUAGCAUGUGCUAAUAAAGGUUACUACUUUGAAAUUCCAUCGAUUGGAGCAAUCAGAAUCAACACUCAGGAGUACCUGGACGUCCUGGGACGUCCCAUGGUGUUGGCUGGGCCUAAAGCUAAGCAAGUGCAGUGGACAAAUGUCUACCAGGAUGCACUGGGUCUUGGUCUUGUCAUCACUGGGACGGUGCCAGUUUUCAACCUGACUGCAGACAGCGCAAGCUCCCAGAAUCAGCUCAUCCUUGGAGUUAUGGGAGUGGACGUCGCAAUCAAUGAAAUCAAAAAGAAGACUCCGACAUACAGACUCGGGGCUAACGGUUACACGUUCACCACCGACCGAAACGGUUAUGUGUUGCUGCAUCCCAAUCUGAAACCCAAGAUCAUUAACUUCAGGGAGCCCGUCACUCUGGACUUUUUGGAUGCAGAACUGGAGGACAGCAAUAAGGAGGAGAUCCGCCGACUGAUGAUUGAUGGCAAAUCGGGGCAAAGGAAAAUCAAGACGCUCAUUAAGUCAGUUGAUGAGAGGUACAUCGACGAAGCCAUGAGGACGUACACAUGGACGCCUGUGGAGGGUACAGACUACAGUCUAGGGUUGGUACUGCCCACUUAUAGUGAGAACCAUAUCAAAGCCAACCUAAGCGACCAGAUCCUUCAGGUGCAGUUGCCAUACACCAAGGAUUUUGAAUCUCUGCUGCCAAACAGUUUUGAGUCUGAAGGACAUGUAUUCAUUGCUCCCAGGGAGUACUGCAAUGAUCUGGAGCUGUCCAGCAACAACACGGAGUUCCUGCUCAACUUCAUCGCGCUCAUGGAGAAGGUGACGCCAGACUCCAAACAAUGUGACAAUUUGCUCCUUCACAACCUGAUUCUGGACACCGGCAUCAUCAAACUGCUGGUAGAGAAAGUGUGGAAGAAUAAAGAUUUGAAUACAUAUGGCUUUCUGGCUGUGUUCGCAGCAACAGAUGGAGGCAUAACGAGAGUCUUCCCGAACAAGGCUGCAGAAACCUGGGAGGAAGACCCUGAGCCAUUUAAUGCCAGCUAUUACCGGCGCAGCCUUGACAACCGAGGCUACGUCUUCACAGCGCCGUAUCGAUCUGCUGAAAGGGAUCUGCUGAACCCAGAAAAUGACACAAUCGGUGUUCUGGUCAGUAUGGCUCUGGAUAUUACAAUAGGAGGGAAAACGAUCAAACCUGCAGUUGUUGGAGUGAAAUUAGACCUUGAGGCCUGGACCGAUAAGUUCAAGAUUCUUGCCAGCAACCACACAGACAACCGCCAAGGCUCAAAUACGUGUGGACCGAACAGGGGCUGUGAGAUGGACUGUGAGGCCAAUAGUGACGAUCUCCUGUGCUAUUUAAUAGAUGAUGGUGGAUUCCUGAUCAUGUCCAAUCAAAAGGAGCACUGGAGCGAGGUGGGCAAGUUCCUCGGCGACGUCGACCCCAACUUGAUGUACGCUCUCUACAACAACUCCUUCUACAAAAGCAAGCAGUCGUUCGAUUAUCAGUCAGUGUGCGAGCGAAUGCAGAACAAUGAAGCUGGUGCUGCGCCAAGAGGCGUGUUUGUG